AUGACAAGUCGCGGACGAACAAGUGACGCUCUGAGCGUUCUCUCUCUUUGUAUCCACGUCAUUCAAUGCGCCAGUGCUAUUAUUGUGCUGGGGAUUACAGCUUGGGCGGUCCAGCACACCAAAACUACGACUGCGGUUCUGACACCUGCAAUAUACGGAAUCACCUUGGUGAUAAGCUGUGUUGCCAGGCGUCGCAAAGGCAAUUUCCUGCCUGUGUUGGCGUUUGACUUGGCAUUCUCGUAUCUUUGGCUGACGGCCUUUAUUCUCUUGGCUCGUGACUUUAACCAUGUCGGCUGUCGCGUCGUCCUCUGGAACGGGGAAACCGUUUGCAGCAGGAAGUACGCGGCUGAAGCCUUCAGCUUUAUCACCUUGUGA